ACUCGAUAUAGCACCGAGAUUCUGACCAAUCCACGUCGUUUGGAGCUGUUCACCUCACAAUCGGUGCGUGAGCCUUGCAACAACAGUUACGCGAAAUUGAUACGGACAGAAUGGCGAGCCGAGUGAUGACUGCGAUGAAGACGCUGCGCCGCGGCCAGGCGGAGGGUUUGCGGGCGACGCGGCGCAUGUUCUCGGACGCGCCUGUGCCGGGUACGCGUGCUGAAAAGUUUGGCCCUAUCACAUGGAGCGGACUUGCGCUCGCGGGCGUCGUGGGCAGUGGUGCUGUGUAUUAUUACUACUCGGAGAAGGAUCGACUGCAAACUCAGUCCACGUCAAAGGUGACGUCUGUGGGCAAACCAUUGCUAGGCGGACCGUGGACGCUUGUGGACUGCGAUACGAGGCGUGCAGUGACGGACGCGUCGUUCCGCGGCAAAUACUCGCUGCUGUACUUCGGCUUCACGCAUUGUCCUGACAUCUGCCCCAAUGAGUUGGUGCGCAUCGGCGACGUGCUGGACAAGCUGGAGGCUGAGAAUUGUCCGGAAGUCGUGCCGCUAUUUGUGACAGUGGAUCCCAAGCGUGAUACAAUCGCACAGAUGCAGGCCUACAAGGCAGACUUCCACCCCAAGUUCAAGAUGCUCACUGGCACGCGCGACCAGGUGGCUGACAUCACUAAGGCCUAUCGCGUCUACUUCUCCAAGGCCGAUGAGAACGAAGAUGACGACGACGACUAUCUGGUGGACCACUCCAUCGUCAUGUACCUUGUCGGCCCCGACGGCGAGUUUCUUGACUUCUUCACGCAGGCUGCCCGCGUGGAUGACAUUGCUGCUAAGAUUAAGACGUAUUUUAAGGCGUAGGAGCUCAAGAAGCAGCUUAAGAGAAAACUAGUGUGGCAAGCACUUCAACUUUACUUUUUGAAAAUAUUUCCAGUUUGAAAAUUAAAAAAACUCUAAAACUUAUCAACA